GGGCGGGGGGCGGUGAUUGGCGGGGCGGGACGCAGCGGCCAGCCGGCCGGCGGGCGGGCGGCCGGGCUGCAGCGGCGGCGGCAUGGCGAGCUGCAGGCGGCUGAGCGGCGCGGGGCUGCGGGAGGUGCUGGGCCCGGCGCAGGGGCUGCUCUUCGACUGCGACGGCGUGCUGUGGGCGGGUGAGCGCGCCGUCCCCGGCGCCCCCGAGCUGCUGGAGCGGCUGCGGCGCAGCGGCAAGGCCGCCCUCUUCGUCAGCAACAACAGCCGCCGCUCCGUGGCCGAGCUGGAGCGGCGCUUCAGCCGCCUCGGCUUCCGCGGCGUCCGUGCCGAGCACGUCUUCAGCUCCGCGCUCUGCUCCGCGCUCUUCCUCCGCCAGCGCCUCCUCGGCGGCGGGGGGAACGGGAGCGGGGGCGGCCGCGUCUUCGUGCUGGGCGGCGAGGGGCUGCGCGGCGAGGUGCGCGACGCCGGCCUGCGCCUGGCGGGCGAGGGCGACCCCGGCGCCGCCGAGCCGGUGCGCGCCGUCCUGGUGGGCUACGACGACCAGUUCACCUUCGCCAAGCUGGCGCAGGCCUGCGGCUACCUGCGCGACCCGCAGUGCCUCCUGGUGGCCACCGACCCCGACCCCUGGCACCCGCUCAGCGACGGCCAGCGCACCCCCGGGACUGGCAGCCUCACAGCCGCAGUGGAAACCGCUUCGGGCCGCAAGGCGCUGGUGGUGGGGAAACCAAACACGUACAUGUUUGAUUGCAUCGUAGAGCGUUUUGGUGUCGACCCAUCUCGCACCCUCAUGGUGGGAGACCGCCUGGAGACAGAUAUCCUCUUCGGCAAGAACUGCGGCCUCUCCACCAUCCUCACCCUGACAGGUGUCUCCCGCCUGGAAGAGGCGCAGGCCUACAUGGCCAGCGACAGCGCCGCUGCCAAGGCUCUGGUGCCCAAUUACUAUGUGGACAGCAUUGCAGACUUGAUACCAGGCCUGGAUGAGUAGCAGUCUGUACGUGUGAGGGCAGAGGGGUCAGGUUCCCCAUCCCAGAUCUUCAUCUGUUCCCAUUUCUCUCUCACUGCCCUAUUCCUUCAAAUCCUAGUUUCUUCACAUUCCAGUGCCCUUCUUUGGGGGCAAAACUGGGGAGGUUGGCAGGAGGGGCAGGGUUCAAGUAGUCUCUGCUGAGAUCUAUCCAUGAUGAACAGGGUCUUUCUCUCCCUAAUAUGCCAACUGCCAGUGUCUCUGGGAGAGAGCUGGAGGCCUUGAGGGUGACAGGGAUUGGUCAAAUCAGUGUCACCUCUUCCCCUGCAAGGGUUAGAGACUGGCUGUCUUACUAUUUUUCUCUUAGAUAACCAGUGGCGGCCUUUUACUGCUGUCCCUUCACUUGUAACUCUUGACUUCUUAGCUGCAUCGCUGCAGUCCUUGUGGUAAUGCCAUCCUUGCCAGGGGACUGGCUGACGUUGUCACCCACCCAGUCUAUCAGUACCAGGGGAUGUGGAAGGAGUGUGUCAGAGCUCUGGAACCAUGAAUGAGGGCAUCUCUUCUCUCCCCUGUUCCUUAGAGAUGUUUCUGCCACCACCCCGUGCCCCAGCUCAGUUAAUGACUGUGCCAGUGUCCAUCUGAAGGACUAUAGAAAGGGAAGAGACUGGUUUGAGGGUUAUUUUUGUGCCAAACGGACAAGCUGUGACUGUGCACAGCGGGUCUGCUGUUGUACCUGGUUUUCAAGCACCCUUUCUGAAGGGGCUUGUGAAGGAGAGAGGGCUCCCAGACCACAACAGCACAACAGUAGUGAACUGUAUGACUCCCUGGUUCCCAGUCCUCAGUUGGAAUUUACCAUAGUACGGUGAGAGAAAAAGGCUGAUGGGGGUCUGUGUUCCAGCUGCUGGUGUGCAGGUGAGGUGUUGGUGGUAUUGUCACUGCUGUGAAUGUGUCACAGCCCUCAAAAUCAUUCCUUGCUGCUUUGUCUUUCUACAUUUUUUAAUUUCCUGAUCUUAUUUAUCAAAUUUAUUUAUUGUUGAAAUACUGUAUUAUUUGUAUAAACUAUGCUGACUGGUUGCACCAAGGGGACAGGAGGCAGUGCCUUUGGGCCUCCCUUAAUGUCCACGUCCCAUGUUGAUGUUCUUACACUCGCUGUGUCUCUGUAUAUAAUAAAGUGUGAGCGUAGGCUGGAAA